UGUUAUCUCUCUCAUCCUCCUCUGCGAAAAAAAUUUUGAGAGUUCAGUCCUCUCCCCCCCUCUCCGUUCGAAGCGAUCUUCCCUGGCUCCGUUCGCCGGUCUCUCUCUCCGUUCGCUGGUCUCUCUCUUCGUUGGCCUGUCGGAGCUCGUUUGGUUUCUCCUCCACGCGAUUGUCCAUUUGCCGGUCUCCCAUCUCCUCCUUCAACUGCCCGUCUCUCGUCAUCAGAUCAAGAGAUAUCGAGCUGCAACGGAGAUGUUGAGCCGCCGUCGUUCUUCGUUGGAGAUUUCUGCCGCGAAUCACCGGAGAAGAAUAGAGGGAGAAGACUGGUUUUGUCGUGAUUCCGGAUGCGAUUUCGCAAUUUCCCCUUUCUAGUUUUGUUGACUUUUAUGCCGCGAUUUAAAUGAUUUUGCUUCCUUGGUUUUGUUGAGUUUUGAUGCCUCGAUUUCGGCUUUGAUUUCUUGAUUUUGCUUCUUUGAUCUUUUUGAGUUUUGAUGCAGCUUUUGCCAGAGACGUUCGGGUGUGGCCUUCCUCUCUCUAUCAUCGCCGCUACGAAUCCAACGUUCAGAAUCGCCGACAACAUUCCGGCAUCGCGACGAUCUCUUCAAUUCCGAUUUGCAACUUUUCCGUUUAUCGUACCUUAACAUCACUCCAAGUGUUCGACUAAAUGCCGCCAUAGAACUCCUCUUCUGUCGAAUCUGAGUUUGUAAUUUUGAUCUGAGUUUUGUGAAUUUUGAUAUGUUGAAUCUAUAUACAUGUAUAUGACUCAUAUAUUACUCUCUUUUCUCUGUCUGCCAUGGCUUCUCAUCAACAUUUCUUGGGCCUCUGCAUCAAAUCACGAUGUUCUUAAGGCUUUUGCGAACUUCCCUCAAUUCCUGUUCAACUGCUGUUAAUUUGGAGGAAAAUGAAAUUCAAUUUCAUCCAAAAGAAAAACAGCAAAGUUAAAAGAGAGAAAAUAAACGAGAAAUAUCGACAGCUGAUUUCCCUUUGCUUCCUCUCUUAAAUUUCCUCCGCCGAGAAAUUUCCGAUCGGCGUCGCGUUAUUGCUGUUCACGCCGUCGAUUCUCGACAUCGUCGCAAGAAGUCUCCGUCAAUUCGGUUUUCCUUCUACUCUCUAUCAGGUACAAAUGAAAUCGGAGGAAUUGGGGGUAUAUUUCUGCUGAGUUUCGAAACCCCCUGAGGAAUUGGAAGUAACGCCACCUUCGAUUGCUCUCAUUCUGGUCCCUGCGUUCCUUGCCUCUAUUCCGAAAAGAAGGAGGACUGAAGCCAUGCAGAAAUUGGGUGAUUUGAAGCUACCCCACUUCUUCAAUUACCCACCUUACUUCACUUUGCAGCCAGUAAGGGAUAUACGUGAAAAGCAGAUACAGCUUUGGAAGGAACUUAUUCUGGAAUACUGCAGGUUCCAAAAGAUAUUUGUUAUCGGAUUGGAAGAAGAAUUUCCUCUAUUUUCAAACCCCGUAAUUGAAAGAUCUCUCAAUCAUGAGGCCAGGGAAGCUUUCCUCUCCGCCUUGGUAUCAGAAGGCCGAGCAGAAUGGUUAGAUAAAGGGCACAGGAAAUGUCUUAUUCUUUGGCACCGGAUUCAAGAGUGGGCUGACAUUAUUGUUAACUUUGUGAAAGAUAAUGGGUUGGAGGACACAGUUAUGACAGUUGAGGAAAUACGUUCGGGGAUUGAAUCAAGAGGAACAGAUCUGCAUGGCAUCGAUCGCACGAUUCUAAUGCGAGCUUUGAAACUACUGGAGCAGAAAGGGAAGCUUGCACUCUUCAAGGGUUCUUCGGCUGAUGAUGAGGGCGUCAAAUUCUCCAUAUAACCCUUUCCAGGUGACUAAUUGGUGUAGGUAACAUCAAAUUGUUUCAUUUCCUGAUAGAUUAUUGGUCAUGUCUAAAGGAUUGUAAGAAAAUUUGUUCGCCAAGGUUGGUUGGUACAAUGGUUUAAAGGCGAAUUUGUUAUUGUUAUAGUUUUUAGAAUAAUUGCAAAUACCAUAGGUGUUGGUUGGAAUGGUCAGGCUUGGUUUACUCCCACAAAUCCAGGCUUCGAACCACCUCAUGGGCACCUACAUGAUAUAGUCGUGGUUUCCUGCUUUCUAAAUAUUGUAGGGUUUGGUGGAAGGCUCCAGUUCAAACUCGAGCUCACAAUGUGAGUUCGGGGGAUUUCUUGAUAUAAAAAAAAAAAAAAAUUGCAAAUAGAAGCUCAUAAUUCGGAAAUCUAUGUUCUUGAAAGUGCUGUCAGUUUUAAAAGCAACCUUGGCAUAAUGUCGAGCUGAAAAUGUUGUGACUUUAGAUUAUGUUUAAUGGCCGUUACAGACACGA